AACACGUGCGGCUAGCCUGCAGGAAAUGUGUUAACAGAAGAAGAAAGCUAGCCGGUGCUAGGAACGAGAACAAGAUAAAUAAACGCAAAUGUGAAUAAAAGUUUAUCUUGUGGCUUAUUGAAGGCGAUUCAUCUGCUGUUUGUGCCAAGAUUUAGACACAGUCAUAUAGAGUUAGAAUAAAAAAAAGAUCCAACCAUGCCGCUCCAGUUUGUGUACAGCAACCAGGACUUUGUGACAGAUGUGUGUCGCAGCAGUGGAAACAGUCUUGGAACGGCAUCGCCACCAGUAAAGUUUGACACAACCAUCCAAGCAGGCUGGACAGACAGGAUGGAGAGGGGACUUUUCCGCUACCACCUGGGUGAUUUACAAACACGUAUCCUGCCAGGCCCGCAUGGCUACGUGGCCCAGUUGAAUAUUCAAAGAGGAUUAGAGAGGAGAAAGCCGCAGGAGAUACUGAGCAUUCAGCAGGAGUUCAAUGCCAAGCAGUUCAAUUUUAACAAAAUCAACCCAGAAGAGAUCAUAUUCGAGAUGAUAAAGGACACUGAGGGAGGGAAUGACAAAGUACAGUCGCAUCAACCCUGCAGGAUGGUUGUGCUGGUCAAUGUCAGCCCUUUGGAGUUCGGACAUUGUCUCUUUGUUCCAGAUCCUUCGCGGUGUUUCCCACAAGUCCUGACGACGUUCGCCGUACAGGUUGGGAUAGAAUCUGUGCUCCUGAGCUCUGAUCCUGGCUUCCGUGUGGGGUUCAACAGUCUUGGAGCAUUUGCGUCAGUCAAUCAUUUACACCUACAUGGGUAUUACCUGGACCAUGAGCUCAAGAUAGAAUCUAUGCCGGUCAAGCCACUGGCUCCUGAAAAGGGGUUUUAUCGCUUGUUGGACUUUCCCGGAGGGUUCUUGUUUUACACAGACUCGGAGCGGGUGGUGGAUGUAGCCAGAGCCAUCUGUGGAGUCACAGACUUUCUUGUGGACAGUAACAUUGCUCACAACCUGUUCUUGACUAGAGGAUGUCCGCCCUGGGAUCGCAGACAGAAUGAAGAGGAUCACAGUUCAAGAAAAGGUGUUCGUAUCGCUGUUUGGCCCAGAAUAUCGUGCUUCGGUGCCAAGGAGGAGUCUGCCUUCAAUGUUGCUCUCUGUGAGUUGGCUGGACACUUACCAUUUAAGAACAAGAAGGACUACGAGCUCACUACAGAGAACGAUGUAAUAGGUAUCAUCCAGAGGUAUCUUCUGCCCGAUGCAGAGUUUCACACGUUGGAACAGCAGCUCACUCGUCAUUUGAUGGAUUUAUAAUGUGUCAACCCACCUGGUCAUGGAGUUCAGAUCAACUAGAUUAGAAGCUACACAUUCUUCACAAUGUGCUGAAAAUCAAGUUCUGAAAUGUGUUUUUGGUAAUUGCAAUUCAGAAAAAAAGGUACUUUGGGAUCUAUACUAAAUCUAUAUUUAUUAAUGAGAUGAGAUGGACUCGUGUGUUGUAUUAAAACUGGUUAAAAAUCUAAAAA